AGCGAGGCCCUGCGGCAUGGCUGGCAGAACAAGCAGCAGCUGCUGACAGACCCCCGGUAUACCGCCCUGCUGGGGGCAUGCCUGUGCCUGGCAGAGCUGGGGGUCAGCCACUGGGUCAUACAGAAAGUGCCCUGUGAGUAUGGGCUACACUGAAAGGCUGCAGGGACAAUAUGUUUAGCAUACAAAAAAAAAAACCACAUAUAAGUGGGGGGUUUAUUUAGUUGUGCAGCUAUCCGUUUCACUCACAAUAAGUUUGAACAAUAUAUUGACUGGCUGCGAAUUAUGAGAUUUGAACUCCAAAUAGUGGAGGGACACAGUUUGUGCACAUGUACAACACAGAGUACUAGAAUGGGUUCCUUGGGGCUCACAUUUAACCCUAUUCUUCAUGUUCGUCCCUAAUAGAUACAGAAAUUGACUGGAAAGCUUACAUGGAUGAAGUAGAAGGUGUGAUCAAUGGGACCUAUGACUAUACAAAGCUUCAGGGGGACACUGGGCCCCUGGUGUGAGUAUAACAUUAGGACUGGAAGUGUAUGAGUUGUGUUCUUUAUGAUGGCAGAACAGUAAUAACUGUGUGCAGUAAAGAUCCCUUGACAAAAUCUUGUUCUUGUAGGUUGUGAAAUUUGAGACAUUUAAAGGGAUUCUAUAGUGAUAGGAAUACAAAGCUGUAUUCCUAACACUAUAGUGCUCUCUGGUGCCCCCUCCCACCGUUACAUAAACCAUUUUAAAACCCUUUACUGUAUUUACUUACUUGAUUCCAGGGCCGAUGUUCCUUGGCGCUCAGACUCCUCCAACCUCAUGCGACAGGGGGGACCUAAUGCGCAUGCGCAAUAAGCGCAUUAGUCCCUCACCCAAAAAAAAAAAAAAAAGCAUUGCCUCAAUGCUUUCCUAUGGGGUUGUUACAGACGCUGGAUGUCCUCAUAUAGAGUCCUUUAGAAUCCCGGGAAGCGGCUGUCUGAUAGACAGUUACUGGAGGCAGUCUUCGUCCUGCAAAGUAAUCGUUGCAGUUUAUCAAAAUCUGCAAUUAUUUACAUUGCAGGACACAAUGUGACAUGGACACUGCACCAAGACCACUUCAAUGAAAUUAAGUUGUCUGGUGCCUAUAGUGUCCCUUUAAUUUGAAAUUGUAUGUUACUAUGCCUAGGGUUACCUUAUCCACCAUCACAACCAAUCUCUGAGGGAUUAAAGCAUUGUCUUGCUCAUCGCAAUACAAUAUCUACGGAUGCUCUUGUGGGAUUCUCUAUAGACCUAAGUACUGAAGUCUCACGUAUGUGAAAAAGUACAGCACUGAUGCCCUUGCCUUGCGAAACACCACGCUUCCUGAAUUAUUUAGAAGCCAUAUGCCGCUGGAGGCAGCAUUUGGAGUUAAACAAUUCGAGAGCGAUUUAACCCCUUAAGUUAAGAAAGCACCUAGUGGCCUCCUGGCACCAUAACAAUUUAAUUUAGAAGCAGUUGCCAAAGAAGUAGAACUGGAAUUAUUGCUUACUUAUGGAAUGUUUCCUGGUCGGCUAUAUACCUGAAAUUUACUUUGAUUUCUCACUUUAGUGAGUAACCCUGUAUCAGAUUUAUUCACUGAACUAUGAAUUAUAGCCAGUUAAAAAGCAAAUUGCGGGGGGCGUGGCCUGACGGGCGAUGCGGAUGGUCGCACAGUGCUGAGCUCCGCGCACCGACGGCCCGAAAAAGCUAAUUUCUAAGCAGUACCGGCAAUUAUCCGACCCACACACAACCCCCCCAGGCAUGGCAGCACAGAAGGCCAAGAAGCAAGCCGAGAAAACCGAUCGGGCCGGCUUUUUUGCGACCCGAGCGUCGACGCCAAAAUUGAUGGGCCUAGCUGACCAGGGACAAGAUGGCGACGGAGGUAAUGACACACUGCCACUACCAACAUCCCCAGGCACACAAAACAGUUACCCAAGACUUCCUACAGAAGUGUCUAGACACCAUGUCCAGCAGGAUUCUUGAAACCCUGCAAGGUACACUAGGAGAAGUGAAAAGGGAGAUGCAGGAGCUGGGGGACAGGACUGCACAAGUGGAGAACCGUGUGGAAGAACAAGCCACUGUGCAUAAUGCUAUGGCAGAACAAGUACAAGAGCUGCAACAACAACUUGACACCACGCAGAGGAAGGUCAUGGACCUAGAGGACCGUUCGAGACGGCAGAACCUUAGAAUCAGAGGCAUCUCUGAGGAGGUAAAGCAGCAAGAUCUACAUGAAUACCUAAUGGGGUACUUUAAAGCGAUAGCACCAGAUCUGCCGGCUGAUAUUUUACUGCUGGAUAGAUAUCACAGAGUGCAAAAACCGGCGUUUUUACCACAAGACACCCCCAGAGAUGUGCUAACUCACCUACACUACUUCCAUGCUAAAGAAGCACUACUUCAAGCAACGAGAACGGGCGGCGACCCACCACAAAAAUACAAACAUAUCAAAAUGUUCACAGACCUCUCUGCGGCUACGCUGCAAAAAAGAAAAGAAUUUAGGGAAACGACUGAAACCCUCCGCUACAACAAUAUACAGUAUAGAUGGGGAUUCCCUAUCCGCCUCCUAAUCAGAAGGAAUGGACUGGUGACCACAGUGAACACCCCAGAAGAAGGCCGCAAACUGCUGCGCAGCUGGAACGUCCUGCCAAACCCGGAGAAGAAAGAGGCGACUGCAGCACGGAGAAUGCCAACUGACUGGAAAAAGACUAAAAAAUGAACUAACACAGAGACUUUUUUUCUUCCGUUGAGGACGCUGAGGCAAAGCCUGAAGUCUGGCGGUCGGAGAAGUGCAAGUAUUCCCAGCACUACACGCCUAACCAUAAACAUUUACAAAACACACAUGACACAUUCACUCAUAAGCACACAGGAUAUUAAUGUAUAUAUAGAUACAUACACACACGCAAAAAAAAAAAAAAAAAGGCCAGGAAGGCUUGACGUGCAUUUGAACCAUGAACAUAACACAAAGCCCAUAACCCACACACACACACACACGAAAAAAAAAAUAAAAAAAAAUAAAUAAAAAUAAAAUAAAGUAACGCAACCUAUACGCCACAGCAACAGCCGGUAGAUUCACACAUACAAUGAUUGCAACACGAAGGUGAAUACCGAGGGAAAGAUUCGGGCACCCUAAGUGCAACCAAUUACACCACACCUUAGAAGUCGACAGAGUAACCACGCUCCCACCUUGCACUAUCGUGAUAGUGCAAUACCCUUCAGUGGGAAAUGUAUACUGAACCGUUUGUAAAUGUAUACACUUAUGUUUUAUUCUAUGUGACUGUUAUAUAUGUUGUUUAUACUGCCAAUUCCUCAUACCUACCCUCUACCACCUUGACCCUGACCCCAAGCAUUGCAGAGCCCCACAGAGUGAACUAUGGAGACAAAAUACACAGGAACCCCUGGGAAGGCAGGUACCUCAUCAGGGGGAUUAGUACACAGACAAACAGAACCAAUACUUGUAUAACACAUACAUUAAAUCAUGAAAAUAUACAACCACAAUGUUAAGGGGUUGAAUACCCCAGUAAAGAGGUAUUGUCUUACCAGAGACCUGCGCAGGUCACGCCCAGAUAUAGUGUGUUUACAAGAAACGCACUUUAAACAGGCGUCCAUACUAGCAAAAGCACAAUAUCCGGUACAAUUCCACAGCACUGCCACAUCAAAAACUAAAGGGGUUGCUAUAAUGAUUAGCAAAGAGGUCUCCUUUAAGCCCUUGUACGAAGACACGGACGCACAGGGGAGGUUUAUAAUACUGGCGUGUGAAAUUAACAAUUUAGAGUACACUAUAGUGAACAUUUACGCACCAAACGCAAACCAGAGAAACUUUUUGCACAAAAUUAUAACGCGACUUGCGCGGGUCCAGAGGGGCAUCACGUUCAUAUGCGGGGAUCUGAACCACAUACUUGACCCCAAAAGAGACUCAACGGUAGGACCAAACACACCCAGACACGCAACCCUCACACGAGAAUGUAAGCCCCUGGUUCGCUUGUUUAGCGAACAUGACCUAUAUGACGCGUGGAGGGUAUUGCACCCGGACGAGAGGGAUUAUACAUUUUUCUCCCAAGUCCACAAUACCUACUCUCGGAUAGACGGGUUUUACGUAAAGGGAACGUUCCUUAAUCAAUUAAUAGCAUGCUCGAUAGGGAACAUUACGUGGUCCGACCACGCCCCAGUUACCCUCGAAUUGCGAGAUGCAUAUGACUAUAAACACAGAAGCCCGUGGAGACUGAAUGAGACUCUCCUAAACGACACCCAAUUUUGUGAGACCCUCACUGACGAAUUACACAGGUACUUUACUACUAACCACACGUCGGAAAUCACGCCAGAGACGCUAUGGCAGGCACACAAACCGGUCAUCAGGGGAUCCCUCAUAGGUAGGGCGAGCGCACUGAAACGGGAGUCCCAAACCAAAAUGAGGCACUGGCUAAAGUCACUAUAUACCCUCAACAAACAAAACCAGUUGACCCCAACUCCUGAGCUCAAACGGCAAAUUCAGGACAAACUAGGGGAAAUUAAAGAGCACGAUCUAGCAAAAACAGGGUACCACCUUAGAAAACUUAAGACGACACAGUACGUACAGGGCAAUAGAGCAAGCAGACUACUAGCCAGGAGACUGUCACACAGAAAUGUGAAUGCCAAGAUCCCAUUCAUUCACAACCAAACAGGGGAAAAAAAGGUGACACCCAAAGACAUUGGGGACGUAUUUGCGGAUUACUACACAUCUCUAUACAACCUGGAGAAUGCGGUUGACACGAGCCAGCCAACUACGGGCGGUAUAGAGACAUACCUAGCGGGGAUAUCUCUACCAUCACUGACAGUGGAGCAAAUAGCUACAGUACAGGAAGAUAUCACAGUAACAGAAGUACUUCAGGCCAUAUCCCAUCUCCCAAGCGGGAAAGCCCCAGGCCCAGACGGGUUCUCCAACAACUACUACAAAAAAUUCGCACAUACUCUAGCCCCGCACUUAGCAAACUUAUUCAAUGCACUCACUCGCAAAGCGGACGCUCCGGCAGAGAUGCUGGGCGCACACAUAGUAACACUGCCUAAACCAGGAAAGCCACCGACAUGUAGUCAAAACUUCAGACCGAUCUCGUUACUCAACACGGACAUUAAACUAUAUGCAAAAAUACAAGCCAACAGAAUAGCGGACAUAAUCCCAACAUUAAUUCAUGAUGAUCAGGUGGGAUUCACAAAAGGCAGACAGGGCUCAGACAACACCAGGAAGGUAAUUGACCUACUAUACAGCCUGACUGACAAAGGUGAGGGGGGGAUACUUCUGUCACUAGAUGCGGAAAAGGCUUUUGACAGGCUCAACUGGCCUUUUCUGCAGGCGGUACUUGGUAAAUAUAAAUUCCCCCCAACCUUUAUAAACGCCGUCAGAGCGCUCUACUCCCACCCCACAGCCAGGGUCUUAAAUUCUGGGUUUGUAUCCAAACAAAUACGCAUUACUAAUGGAUCGCGACAGGGGUGCCCCCUAUCACCAUUACUCUAUAUUUUAGCGCUGGAACCCUUGGCGGCAGUUAUUAGAGCUGACACGAACAUACGAGGAGUACUCAUGGGGACUAACGAAUUUAAGCUCAAUUUGUUCGCGGACGAUGUCCUAGUAACACUAACACGCCCAUUAAUAUCCCUACCAAACCUGAUGACCAGAAUCCAAGAAUAUGGGGCAGUAUCAUACUAUAAGCUUAACGUCACGAAAACCCAGGCCCUAGGAAUACAACUAGGAGGCGAGUUAGCAAUCAGACUGGAACGAGCAUUCCCUCUAGACUGGAGACACGAUCACCUGACAUUCCUGGGUAUCAAAAUAACCAAAAACCCAGCCCACCUGUUCCGACACAACUACACCCGUUUACUGAAGGAAUUUACAGACACCCUUCACUCAUGGAAGGGUAAAUACCUGUCAUGGAUAGGACGCAUAGCAGCAGUCAAAAUGACACUUACCCCUAAGAUACAGUAUCUUUUCCGGACGCUCCAAAUACCAAUACCAAAACAGUUCCUAAAAAACGUGCAACAUAUCAUUAACUCAUUCAUUUGGGAAGGGAAAAAGGCAAGAGUAGCAGCAGGGACGUUAUAUCGAUCUGUCAAAAAAGGGGGAUUAGGCCUUCCUAACCUGGCGACGUACUACAGAGCAGCAUACCUACACAACAUUGCACAGAUUAACAGGCCUACCGGCGCCCCGCAGUGGGUGACGAUCGAAGCCAGCAAAGCACCACAAGGUGAUCUUAGGUCACUCAUGUGGAAACAGACGAAAAACAACCAGGAAAUAAACGAUCUCCUACCACCUACCCAAACCUUACUGCGAAUGUGGCACACAAUGAAACCAGACUUAGUGACGCAACCGAAAAUACCGUUAGCUAUGCCAUUGCGCUCCAUAGGACUGGAGAUUCCUACAUUCCCUUGGGAAAUAUGGGUGAAAGGCGGGAUACGUCACAUGUACCAAGUGAUAGACAGGGGGCGACUGAUACCGUUCCCCGACAUACAGGAAAAAUAUAACCUCCCCUACAAAGCAUUAUUCUCCUACCUUCAGCUCAAAUCUUACGUACUAGAUAAGCUAGGGAGACGAACAGAGCCCACAGCACCGACACAUAUGACGGAAUUCGAAAAACAAAGCACGGGAACAACACCACUCAAGAAAAUAAUGUCCUGGGGAUACCAGAGCUUAAUAACGCAACAAUCACACACAUUAGGUGAGGUCAAAUCAUCCUGGCAACGAGAUAUCAACGUUACAAUAACAGACAGGGACUGGGAGAGGGCAUACACGGCUCAUAGGGGGCUUACAGCAUGUGCCACACAUCUAGAAUUGCAGCGAAAAAUUUUAUACCGCUGGUACUUGGUACCGGAUAAAUUGCACAGAAUAUGGCCCUCGACCAGCAAUAUGUGCUGGAGGUGUGGGAAGGACGUGGGCACGAUGAUACACACUUGGUGGACAUGCACCAUGCUCAGACCAUUUUGGGUAGAGGUAGCGAACAUACUACAGAAGAUAUCGCCAGCCCCAAGAGUAGACACACCUCAGAUGUGUCUCUUGUUCAUCUUGCCAGAAAAAUUACCGAAACAUAUCAAACUGAUAUUAUAUCACACAUUAAUAUCAGCCAACCUAGUGAUAUCCCGACAUUGGAAAAAAGCUCUCACUCCACCCAUAGAGGACCUUAUAAAACAGGUAAACCAAAAUUGGGAAUACGAAAAAAUGGCACACGCACAAUUUGGAACACGAAAAGAGGUACAGGAAGCACACGACCUGUGGGUUCAACAAAUCACGAACUAAGACACCACCCCCCCUAACCACGUCCACCCUAGUGAGCCUACCGACUCCUGAAACAAAAUCGAGAGGCGCCACGCAGAGCGCCAACAAAUACUACCACACCAAAUAUAUAUAAAAAAAAAAAAAAAAAAAAGGGGUUUACGGUAAAUAAGCAAUGAAGCUCCAGAAAACACACAACUCAGGGAAGCAUGUUUGUAUGUGGAUGUCUAACUAUGUUGUACACUGAUAUGUAUAUAACUACACAUAGCUAUUGUCUGUGUAGCCAUUAUGCAAUGUAUAAUUCCCCCCCCCCUCUUUCCUCGUUUUGUAUCCCCAUGUUUCUUUUUGCUCAAAGACAAAAUAAAAAAUUGUCAAUUGGAAAAAAAAAAAUAUAUAAAAGUAUUAAAAUAUGUUUUAAAAAAUUAAAUCAUUUUAAAAGUUUAAAAAAAAAAAAAAAAAAAAAGCAAAUUGCAAAAUGUAGGCACUUACAGCUGAUUUCAAAAUAUAUGCCACUUAGCAAUAGUCACAACUUGUUUAUUGUUCUGAAUUUUGCAAUUUCAAUUUCCGCUCACUGCAAUUCAGAGUAAGUGAAUAAGUGAUAUCAAUAUUUCUGCAAGAUUGUAAUAAGGUUUUGUCUUUUUAAGAUUAGGUAACAUUAUUUAUACUCUGCCAUGCUAGUGCAAUAUGAGAGAUUCUGCAAAUAACACAGCGCAUACCUUGAGUGAAGAAAUUUGACAAACUUGGGUAUAUAGAGAUGAAAAAAUCAUUUAAGUGGCAGAUAAACAGUUUCAUUAUAUUAAACGGACUUUGGAAAUGAUUGGCACAUGAUUGUCGAUGUUCGUGCAAGGGGUGGAUCUGUUAUGGUUAUAGUUGGGUAUUAUGUCUCCAGGCUCACCAUCACACUCUUUUGUUUUUCAGGUAUCCUGCAGGAUUUGUUUACAUUUUUAGUGCUUUUUACUUCUUAACAGACCAUGGGAGCAACAUCCGCCUGGCUCAAUACAUAUUCGCUGUGCUGUAUAUUAUAACACUGAUACUUAUUUUUCGUAUUUAUGUAUUAACCAAGAAGGUGAGGAGCAGUAAGAUUCAAAAUACUUAUACUAUUCUGUCUGUGUGAGACCCCAGGUCCACUUUCUUAUCAGAACUUUAUAAGAGCACUGGAGAGAACAGCACAAUAUUUGACCCAGGCUUGAUGCACAGCUUUGGAGUGAAUGUGAUAUUAUAUUCUACAGGUUUAUAUCUAGAAUAGCAGUUGACUUCACAAUUAAUAGAUAUAGGUGAUGGUACAAUAUGAAGGGGAUCUACCCACUCUCUACCAACUAUUUUUUUCAUACAUUUUUACAUAAUUCCCAAGCUUUAUUCACCAUAUCUUGUUCAUCCUCUCCUUUUUCUUCUCCACUUAUUUUGUGCCACAAUAUCAUAGUUCCCUCCUUCUCUCCCCCCAGCCCCAAACAAAUGAAAUGCAUGAUUCCACACUUAACUUCGGAAGCCUUUCAGGAUAAGAUAUAGCUUUGUUAAAGCGAGUGGUUGAUGUGUGUUUGCAUAUAUUUCUAUGCUAUACUCUCUUGCACCAUGUGGAGUUUUAAGAUACUUUCAGAGUUUAAUACCAAGAUGUUUUCUGAACAUACAUCACGCACACUGCAAAGGAGCAAUUAGCAUAGGACUACCUAGUGGGGCUUCAACCUUGUUUUCAUUACGUUAGCACUAGUGUUUAUUUUUUGGGGGUUUUUUUUAUACACUUCGUUCAGAUGGAUGUAUAUCUAACAUAAUAACAUACAUUUGGAAAACAAGUACUUUUAGAAGUGCAUUUCCCUCUGAAUAUUUUUCACUCAAACUUAUUUUCAUGCUUUGUGUCUAGGUACCACCAUAUGUAUUUUUCUUUAUGUGCUGUGCCUCAUACCGAGUGCACUCCAUCUUUCUGCUGCGGCUAUUCAAUGAUCCUGUUGCCAUGGUAAUACUUUUCAUCUCUAUCAACUUAUUCCUCCAGGACUGGUGGAACUGGGGAUGCUUCUUCUACAGGUGACAUAAUACAUCUCUGUAUACAUUUGACGACUAUACUAUUUCACAAGACAUAUUUACAGUAUUUUUAUUUAUUUACCCCUGAAUACUUAAAAAAUACACUAUAACCACUACAGCCUACUGUAGAGGUUUUGGUGCAAGAAGUCCACUGGUGCACUCCCAGUGUAAUUUAUCAAACCCUUUUAGAAUGGUUUGCCAACUUGCCUUACUCCCCAAGGCACCCAUGCCAUAUCUAGUCUUAUCAUGCAGCAAAAGUUGGAGCACAGCUCAUACAGGAGGAACGCGGUCUUGCAUUACUCUGCUUAGCUCAUUGGAGCUUUUCCAAAAUCGGCUUAUAUGAAAGUGGGUUCUGGUUGGUUCCAUGUAGUUCUACAACAGUUUGAAAGAUUACACUGCUAGUGUGCUAGGGGACACCAGACUGUAGUGGCUAUGGUGCUUGGAAUGGGCCAUUAGUGAGAAACUGUCACUUCCUAGAAUUUAUAUCGCUUAGACUUAACCCUUUAAGGACAGAGGCAAUUGUACAACAUCUGAACCAGAGCAAAACCAAGAAUUUGUGCUAUGUGUUUUUCCUCGGUAUUCCAAGGAUUUCUGUUUAAGUGCACCCACACAUAUUAUACAUUGCUUUUUAGGGGCAAAUAUUGCUUUCCUUUAAUAUCAUAUAGUUACAUAGCUGAAAAGAGACUUGCGUCCAUCAAGUUCAGCCUACCUCACAUUUGUUUUUUGCUGUUGAUCCAAAAGAAGGCAAAAAAACCCAGUUUGAAGCACAAUUUUGCAACAAGCUAGGAAAAAAAUUCCUUCUUGACCCCAGAAUGGCAGUCAGAUUUAUCCUUGGAUCAAGCAGUUAUUACCCUACAUUGAAAGAUUAUAUCCUUGAAUAUUCUGUUCUUGCAAGUAUGCAUCUAGUAGCCGUUUGAACAUCUGUAUGGACUCUGAUAAAACCACUUCCUCAGGCAGAGAAUUCCACAUUCUGAUUGUUCUUACAGUAAAAAACCUUUCCUUUGCCUUAGACGAAAUCUUCUUUCUUCCAGUCUAAACUCAUGGCCUCGUGUCCUAUGUAAAGUCCGGUUUGUGAAUAGAUUUCCACACAAUGGUUUGUAUUGGCCCCGAAUAUAUUUGUAUAAUGUUAUCAUAUCCCCUCUCAGGCGACGUUUUUCUAAACUAAAUAGGUUUAAAUUUGUUAACCUUUCUUCAUAGCCGAUAUGUUCCAUUCCUUUUAUUAAUUUUGUAGCCCGCCUCUGCACUUUUUCUAGUGCCAUAAUAUCCUUCUUUAGAACAGGUGCCCUAUAUCCUAUAUCCUAUAUGUAAACCUAACACAAUAUAAAAUAGGCAGUUACAAAUUGGAAAAUGCGUUUUUCACUGUUUUGCUUAUCAUAAUGUUCACACUUCAAGUGCAACUAAAGAAAAAGAACUCAAAAUAGAUUCACAUAUCUGUGAUUGUUAAAGGGACACUAUAGGCACCCAAACCACUUCAGCUCAUUGAGGAGAGAAGGUGAACAUCAGCGCAGGACCCAGGUACGUGACAGAAGGGGAGCUAUAGUGCCAGGAAAACAGCUUGUAAAAAAAAAAAAAAAAUAGUUAUAAAGUCAAAUUACAAGUUAUUUUUAGUGUUUUAUUCAGUGGUGUAAUUUCCAAAAGAAGUGACAGCUUCAAACUGCUUUCCAGCAUUUUUCUUGCUGUUUAGAUUUAAUGUGAAGAAUCACAGGCGAUGCACUUAUAGUCAUGUUUUUGCAAUGUCGUACUAACACUAGGAAGAUAUGUACUAAGCACACACAUUCUACAGAUUCCCAAUCAAUCCAAAAGGACAAUGCAAAGAAAGAUUCAAUUGUUAACUGAAUUUGUACACAUCCAUCUAAUUUUUAAAGUGAACCUAUAGUCUCGAAAACAAACGUUUUUUCGGGUGGGACCUUCUAUUACUGUUAUCAAUGUUCACCCCCUUUGCUAGUAAAAAUUAAAAGUACUGUAACUAAAUAUAAUUUCCUUGGUAAAAGCAUCUCUUUUGCCGAAACGUUGGGUGCUUGCUGAUUGACUUUUCUUCCCUCUUCUCACUUAUUCUGGUAUGCAUUGGUUUUUCUAUAUAAUAAUCUGUCUGUGAUGGAAUGUUUAGAUUUGAGAUCUCUAUGAAUUAAUAAUUGCAUUGGUAGUUAAGUAUUCAUUUGCUAUAUAUCCUGUUUGGAUAUUAUCAUAUAACUUCUGAUUAUUCUCUAUACAUCAUCAGUAUGUGAGUCUUGCUUUGAUUUGUUCUGAUUGUGAGAUAUUGAUCUUUUUUGUAUCUAUCCAACAAUAAAAAAAAUUCACAUUAUUGGUGUGCUCCUUGAUUGGAUAUUCUUUGUAUUCUUAUGUGGUCCUCUGGGAAUAGGACCUUAUUUAAGUGAGCACCUGGACUUUAAAUAGCUUGUGCCAUUAUGCUCUUAUUUAAUUUUGAUUGAGUGUGCCUACCUACUUCUAAUUUAACUAAAUAUAACUUGCCUAGUUUUCAGUGUUGACAAUCCUCUACUGCAGCCGUCUACUCCAUCAGCUUUUCUCAUCCACUCCAAUACUUUUGAUAGUGAAGUAGUACUGGACAAGGUACACAGGCACGGUCAAUACUAUGCUCCUCUAAUCAAAUGUUGCUAUGAGCAGCAUUUUAUUGCAGGGCUGAAUUUGACUGUCAGGAAGAUUCUACCAAAUGUGUGCAAGUAAUUUUUUUAAAUUUCUUGUAUUCUAAAGUGAUUUUCUCUAAAAUUCCAUGUAUUUAUCUUUAUGUGGUGUUUCUCUCUUUCAUAGCCUAGCUGUUUCUGUAAAGAUGAACAUACUGCUGCUAGCCCCUGGACUGCUCUACCUGCUUUUAUGCCGAUUUGGGCUACUGCUGACUAUUCCAAAGCUCUGCAUUUGUGGUCUACUACAGGUAACCUAUCUUGCGUAAAUAUAAAAUGGGUAUUUAUUUUCCCUAUGUGAAUAGUGGAAUUCCACCUACACUGUGCCUAUAUUGAGGUUUCCUGUUCUCUGCAUGUCUGUUGAAACAGGUGGUCCUCGCUCUCCCUUUCCUGCUGGAGAAUCCCAUUGGGUAUUUGCAUCGGUCCUUUGACUUUGGGAGACAGUUUCUCUUUGAGUGGACAGUGAACUGGAGAUUCCUUCCAGAAUAUGUGUUCCACCACCGUGCUUUUCACUUGGCAUUGCUCACAGCUCACCUGAUUGCAUUGGUGCUUUUCUGCCUGUAUCGCUGGCAUAGGUGAGCACCCAGAAGAGUAUUGUCCUUUCUGAAUGUGAUGAGUUACUGUAGUUUGUUUACAUUCUGUCUUUUCCCCACAGAUCUGGACAUAGUAUCCUGUCACUUUUGAAGAAUCCAAAACAGAAGAAGUCUGCAUCACAAAGACUUUCAGCAAACCGUAUCCUUAAGAUAGUGGAGCUAAUGUUUUGGUGUUUUUUGCUUAAAGUUUGAAUGUGACAACAUAUUUGCAGCCUUUUUUUUUUUGGUUAGCAUAGUGUGAUUAACAUAAAUAGUACAUUUGCACACAAAGCUUUAUAAAACGGUUACAAAAGCAUGAUUAAUGCAGUGUGCUAAAAAUCUGACAACAACUGAAUUAGAAUAUGGUCCUGAGUACAGUACUUUAUUGGCAUAAAGGUGACAUUAGAAGGUUUAUGCAGAAAAUUAAUGCUGUAUAAUAUACAAAAAAAAAAACAACUAAAUAUUCUGUCUCUAAAAGUCUACACCAGGGGUGCCCAAAAGGUAGAUCCCCAGCUGUUUUAAAAAAACUACAGCUUCCAUGAUGCUUUGUCAUUCUAAAACAUCUGGGGAUCUACUAUUUGGGCAUCCAUUGUCUACAUGGUGCUUAUCCCAGUUCUUGCAUACCUAGAAAGUGAUAAAAUAUUAUCAGCCAAACCUGGUCCCUCAUUGUUUGAAUUGUUAAUGCUGUCCAUUGUGACAGCAGUUUGUGAGAAUGGUCAAAUUCUGACCACUAAUCAGAGCUGUUAGGAUUUCAAACAAUGGGAAAACCUUUAUAAAUAUUUUUUUACACUUUGAAGCUCAUACUGCAGGGGCCUACUUGGAUUUAUUUUUGUUGCAGCAUGUUUUUUUGUUGGUUUUUCAUCUUAUUGUUGCAGCAAGGCUUUUGUUUUUAUAUUAAAGGGACACCAUAGUCACCAGAACAACUACAACUUAAUGUAUUUGUUCUUGUGUGUAGAAUCAUUACCUUCAGGCUUUUUGCAGUAAACACUGUCUUUUAAAAAAAUAUGCAGUGUUUACAGCCUAGUGUUAACUCCGCUGGUCACUCCUCAGAUGGCUACUAGGGGUGCUUCCUGGGGCAGUACUCAGUGUCUCCAUCCUCUGCAUGGAGACACUGAACUUUCCUCAUAGAGAUGCAUUGAUUCAAUACAUCUCUGAGGAGAUGCAUAUUGGCAUGGGCCGUGUUUGGCUUGUGCUUGCUCUGCCCCUGAUCUGCCUCCUUGAUAGUCAGCCAAUCCUAUGGAAACAACAUUUCUGAUGAUGUCAGCCAAGCAGGCUGAUCAGGGGCAGAGCCAGCAGCUGUAGACUUUAACAAAAGUAAGAUUCAACUAUAUUUAGUGGCACCAGAUGGUGGUUUUAACAAUAUAGGGUCAGGAAUACAUGUGUUUCUUUAAUGAUAGCAUUGUUAAGUAUAGGAAAGCAGGAGAGAGAUGUCUCCCCAUUGUUUUAUAUAAUAAAGACAGGUCCCCCUCCUGUUAAUUUUUUUAAUGUCUCACCAGUUGUUAGUUUAUAGUUACAGUGAGCAGCUGUACACUGCUCGCAGUUUAGUAGUUAUGUCCCCUCACACCAAGGUAGGUGGGGGGUAUAAGGUGGGUUUUACAUCUCUCCCCUGUAGUAAUAUGAGGGUUUAUUUGAGAUAUGGACCACAUUCAGGGGUUUUUUCUCAGCCUGCUAUGCAAAAUCUAGACAUUGUUAAAUAGUAUGAGCAGUGUCUGGAUUUUGCAUUCCAAAAAUCCCUGUACAGCACUGGAUAGUUUUGCCACAUUCAGUACGUGGCCAUUCAGACUUCAGUGAAUAACUCUAUGAAAGUUUGUGAUCAAAAUGACCAUUGCUUUUUGCGUAGUGUAAUAAUGAUGCUAUUCAUAUGUAUAUACUUUUUUUUUUUGUGGUGACCAAUCAUCCACUACAAAGUUUGAAUAAAGCAUUUAUAGCUUCAAAAACAGUGGCAAUUGCCCAUAAUUCAAAUAUUAUUUGCUGUAUUAUUGUAGACAUAUUUUCUGUGUGUAGUCUUUUCUUCCUUGCUGUAACACUAGAUACCUUAACUCUCACAGAGAUCAUCUUUGUCCUGUUCUCUAGUAAUUUCCUGGGUGUUAUGUUUAGCCGUUCUCUUCACUAUCAGUUCUACGUCUGGUACUUCCACUCACUGCCAUACCUCCUGUGGGGCACAAAUACUGCCUUCCUGCCUGGACUAGCAAAGUAUGCUUUUCAAGUUCUUGGGGUGGGAGUGCAGUCAAGAAAGCAGGGAGAAAAUACCAGGAUACACAAAUAAUACCGACUCUUGUUUUCUCUGCAGGAUCUUAAUCCUUGGCUUAAUUGAGCUGUCCUGGAACACUUUUCCCUCAACGGUCUUCAGUUCCAGUGCUCUUCACUUAUGUCAUGGAGCUAUUCUGCUGAACUUGUGGUAUGGUACUCCACCUGACGAAGAUACAUCUACAUCCAGCUCUGCAAACAGUGCACGGGUCACACGCAAGAAGAAAGAUUAACCUGUUUAAUCCAGCAUGGGGCAAAAUUACUUCUCUCUUCUACUGGCAAUACUCAGGACAGCACUGUGUGGUGCUAUGAACUGAACUCCAGUGUUUUUUCUGAGUCUGGAGGUAUGACAACUAUAAUAAUUCAUAUUUUUUUAAAUCUAAUAAAAGUGGACAACUGUUAUUUACAGACCUUAGUUUUGUGUAAAGAUACUGGUUUCUAAGAAGGAUCCCCCCCCGCCAUUACCACUCACAGAGGCACUUUGAACAAACUUAGGGUAAUGCCUUUAUUUCCCAUUACAAACAUCUUUCUCAGACAUCGCCUGGCUUAUAGCAAAGCAUGUUGAGGUUGAGGUUUUCAUCCCAGUGACGAAGCAACAAGAAGAGAUGACGAGCAGCUCCUUUAAGAACAGGCAACUGUAGCCCUUCAGGCAGAGUUUGUGCCCGAAGCCAUCCCUCUGCCCGUGCUGCCAAUAGCUCCCAUUCUGUAAAAAAGCCAGCACAGCGAUGCUCUAGCCAUGCAAGAGCAACAGCCGUGGCCCAAGAACAUCCUUCUAGAUCCAUAUCCUGCUCAGUGCCAGCUUCAGAAGGACAUGGGGAAGUGUCACAUGGGUCAGUCUCUGACCCACGUCCACUAUCUGCCUGAUGACACAGCGCUUCGGGACAUGAUGUUGUAAGUAUAGGAAGGAAAGGGGAGUCUUGGGUAACUGGAACUUGUGGUUGGGAACCCCUUUUGUAAGUCUGUGCUCCACCUCUAAAAACUUCUGAUUGGUCCUGGGGCAAUGGCUCAGACACUGGACUUAGGCUACCACGAUGACAGCUGUAGGGUGAGGCACGAAGGAGUCGCUGGAGAGAUAUCUGAACCAUACUGGAAAAGCUAUUGUUUAGCGUGAAAUAUCCUUCUGGGUAUUGCAAACUUAUCUGAGGAGAAAAUAAAGGUUGGGGGCAUAACAAAGAAUAAUAUGUAGAACAAAGUAGUCUAUAGCACAUGAAUGAAUACAUCUCUCACCAAAGGGAGGUAGUCUUGGAUACCAUGAUCUGAGCAACUCUCCUUGUCUCCACUAAUACAUGGUGGCUUCAGAGGAGGUAAUUUUCCAGAUAUGCUACGGAUCCUUCUUUUACCAAGGCUGAUCCUGGAAGAAAAUUAUGUCUGAGAACAUAUCACCACCAUUCAAUAAAAAUAUGUAGAUGGAAAAUGUCUUACCUUGAGCUCAGUGAUGCAUCUGAAGAUUUUUGUGAGCCAGAAACAUUAAGAAUUUGACCUGCAAUACAAAGUUAGUGUGUUACGGAUAUUAGCAAGGUUAUUCGCCAAAGUGAGAACUAGCGAUAUGUCAUUAUUUUAAAUUUAAGGACAAAUUAGAAAAAUUCUACAAGUCAGCUAUGCUUUGAAUUUGAUUACUUUGGCCUUAAAUUUGAAAAAUACUUUGAAUGCCUGACAAUUCUGUAGGUGUAACUUGGUUUUAUCUUCUUUCCCCUCCUCCAUUCUGAAUGUGUUGAUACAUUUACACAGACCCAAGAUACAGUGGCAUGUAACACUCACCUUCUUUGCAUUGCUGCCUUUCUAAGUUUGUGUCUGAAGCCAAAGAAUGUGGGAAGGAAGGAGCUUCACCUGUAACAGUAUGUAUGGAUGAAAAGUUAUAAAUGGAACUGCGGAAUCUGACACUUUAUAAAUACCAGUAAUAAAUAAGGUUAUAGGUUAACCAGAUGUGGCCAGCAGAGUAAGAUUAACAAUAUUGUCAAUCUUUAUUUGUACAGUGCUUAGAGUUACAAAUAAGCUUGAGUUGCCACAGUAGCAGGUUCAAGCUAAUGAGAAAAUACAGAGUAAACCGUGUCAUGGCAUAAGCUAAUGGCACAAUUUUUUUUAGUUACUAGAUUCAGGUAAGGUACACAACAAUGUAAUAUGCAUUAUAGGUAUGUCAGUGGUGAGAGAUCAAAAAUAUUUUUAGGUACAAGUUACACAAACUGACUAUAUGAGUGGUCGUAGUAUGAGAUGCUAUUGUGCUUAAGAAAUUAGUGACAUGCUCUUGUGUAAGGUUAUGUCAAGCAAGCUUAAUGAAGAGCUGUGCAUACCAUUAAAGAAAAAGAGUUAUCAACAUAGGGUCAGUGUGCUAUAGUAAAAAUGGUAUAAGAGUUGCCCCCAAAACUAAACUCACUGGUGUUAGCUGCAUUACAGAUUAAUUAGUGAAAGCAGCAGUAAGAAGCACAUAAACAUAUCUCUCUAUGAACAGGUCUCCGCAGAUUGUGGCUGAAAAACAUGCCAACGUGCCUGGAAGUCCGCCGUCAACCUAUAUCCUGGACCGGAGUUUGUGAUGGUCUGAGUAGUCGGCAGCAAGGCAGGGGCUGUGCCCAUCCUCCCUCAAGCCCUGGGCCAUUGUGAAUGUCGGCAUCAUGGGGCCACAGACUAGCGGGCUCUGGCAUGAGGCCAAGUCUUUCCCUGGUGGGGAUGGGUCCCCAGCCACUGUGGUAGAUGCAGAUGGAUUGUAUCCCCUGGGGCCAGGCGUGGCAACUGCAGAGGGGUUUGUUGCUCGUGGAAGGGUUAUGCCCAGAGAGGGCCCGCUCACCUCCUCUCGGCUUUGACCAUGUUCUCUCUCCUGGUUCUGAGCUGGGACACUUUAGUGCUUGCUGACAGCUUGGCAAGGAAGCUUUCAAAGAGCUUGUCCACAUUAGUAAGCAGUCGCUCAAAUGCAUCUUGGAUGGGUGUCAUGGGCAGUGUUGAGUUAGACACGUAUAGCGCUGGAGUGUCUGCCAUCUUAAGAGAGCCUGCAACACGUUGCUGUGCAAUUUCAGCAGCUCGUAGUCAGCAGAAAUACAUGGGGUAAGUCAAGGGGGGGGGACCAGGAUGACCCCCACCUGUCCAGUGGAGGGGGGUAGCUCUGUAUGUGCUGCACUCUGCCCGGUCAAGUGCUUGGAGAGCAGCCAUCUCUCCACAGUCCCUGCUGAGGUAGGCCGCAAGCCUCGAUGCAGGCUUUCUGGCGUUGGAGGGGCCCAAGUUUGGUAUCCCACGAUCUGCCGGUUCCUCCUUGUCAAGAUGGUUGCCACUAGCGGUGAGUAGCAACUCCGGAGAAUACUUUUUUUUUUUUUUUUUUUUUGGUGGUCCCAGCAGAAGAGCACAGGCAAUGCUCGGUUGACAGGCUCCACCCCGAAUAUUAGCAUUUUAGGACAGGCUAUAGCUAUUGACUGGGAGUUUGUAGUGUGAUUUAGAUAAACCUAGGAAAUCUCCUUAAAGGACCACUAUAGUGCCAGGAAAACACUCUUUUUCCUGGCACUAUAGUGUCCUGAGGGUGCCCCCACCCUCUCCUCCUCCGUUCCUCCUCCUGGGCUGAAUGCGCACGCGCGGCAAGAGCUGCGCGCGCAUUCAGCCGGUCACAUAGGAAAGCAUUCAUAAUGCUUUCCUAUGGACGCUGGCGUGCUCUCACUGUGAAAAUCACAGUGAGAAGCACGCAAGCGCCUCUAGUGGCAGUCAAUGAGACAGCCACUAGAGGAUUAGGGGGAAGGCUUAACCCAUUCAUAAACAUAGCAGUUUCUCUGAAACUGCUAUGUUUAUGAAAAAAUGGGUUAACCCUAGCUGGACCUGGCACCCAGACCACUUCAUUAAGCUGAAGUGGUCUGGGUGCCUAGAGUGGUCCUUUAAGCAUGUGAUUGUCUGCAGUAAAUAUUUAUUUGUGUAAGAAAUAAAAUAUAUAUAGUGUUUCUACAUUAAGUGGAAAUAGGUCUCUAAUGGAUGAAGAGCCCGAACGUCAUAAUUUACCUGUAGUUUCAAAUAUUUCUGAACGCCUACUGUCCCCUUGACCAAAACUUCCUGAGUUUGACCUUAGGCCUCGUUUACUGCGUCCACCUGUCACAUACAGAAAGAGAAGAUUUGUAUGGUUAUUCACUAAAAUGAGAAUUCAAAUUUAAAGUCAAAAUAGUCAAACUGGAACCAUUUCCUGAAUAGGCUAUGCUUUAAUGUCAGCUCUUCUUGCCUUAACUUUAAAAUGCAUUUGAAUUCUCAUUUUAGUAAAUAUAAAAUGUUUGUCACAUAAUUUUUCUGCAUCAGAAUCUGUGGCCCUCCACCACCAUACCUUCUAUUCUGCAGGUCAGUGCUCCUCAAGGCACACCUAACGCUCCAGGAUUUAGGGAUUAUCUGUCUAAAGUGUUUUUAAAAAUAAUUAAAAACACCUUGGACUCUAAGGUGUUUUUUCUUUUUCUAAACACCAUUGACACACCCAGGUAAUCCCUAACUACUGGACUGUUAGGUGUACCUUGAGGAGCACUGUUACAGGUAAUCUUAGCAUGUGCACAGGGUGUCAUGCCCUGGGGGGAAAAACAAUCAUGUGACAACUUUUAAAUUUGUUAAUAAAAUUUUAUUUUUAUUUUUUAAGUAAUCCCACACCAAAGAAAAGCUAUAGCUUGACAUCAUGUAUCAUUAAGAGACUACAGCACAAGAUACAUUUAUUAAAAGUCAUUACUGCUUAAAAGGACCACUUCAGCUCUUUGAGUCCUCUUUUCCUUUUACAAAAAGUGCAAUUAACCUUGUUACACAGCCCUGGCUGUCAGACAACCGGAACUGUUACUUCCUGGUUGUUUAGCUCAGUCGAGCUAAACUCUGGCAGGCAAUUUCCCAGGGCACCUGCCUUGCAAAGACUUCUAACUCAGCUGCAUCGGGAGGUUUGUGAUUGGACAGACACAGAACGUCUGGGUGGUGAUGGAGGAGGGGGCUUGCAAAGGCAGCAAACAAGAACUGCAGCUUUUACAUGCAUUUGUUUUUAUAUACCCUCAAAGAACACAUGCAUGCAUUUAAUUAUGCAUUUUGUUUCUUUGGGGAUAUAUCUACUAAACAGUGUUUUAUUUGUUUUUAUUCAUUGAGUACAGACUAGUCAUAAUACAUGGGGAUUUAAAUAUGAUUACAAGAUUGAAUCUCUCCAUAGAUACAGCCUGUGUGCCAAUGGAUAUUCAAAAACUCUCCCUCACCCAUGGUGGUCAUGUCAAUAUUGUAACACUUAAUCUGAUUUCCCUACAAAACCAAAUUGCAGAGCAUAGCAUCCCUCAUACCUUUGCACACUGUUAUUUGCCCUGGUAGAUUAUCCUGAGUACUGGGGUCAAUAGGAACGUGGAAAGUAAAUCUGGAGAUCUGUGAGCAAGAUUUACUAGUUUGAACAGCUUUCAAGCGAAAUCUACGAGGGGAACCUGAAAGAGAAUUUUAUUUAUGUCCUAUUGUAAUGAUCAUAUACAAGAAUGCAGUAAAUUUUAUUUUGUGUGUGUGAACUCCAUUAAACCCUAUCUCACCAUGUUCAAUAUCACAUUCUCUCCAAGCCAUGUCCUCAUUGUCCUCGAUGACAGAGCGUGCAGCCAAGUGAUGUAGGUCACAGUCCACCUCUUCCUCAAGGUUGGCAGUAGUCUCUUCAGUUGUAUAGUUAAGAAGGGACUCCAGGCUAACUGAAGUCUCCCAAGAGAGGCUUCUACCCCCUACAAAACCACGAAUCACAGCCCGGCAUUGCCACACAGAACUACUGCUUGCCCUGGAUCCUGCACUCCCUCCUUCUACACGAGGAGAUGCAGAGAAAAGGUACUGCGCAUCAACCAACAUGUCCCAAUCCAGGUUGGAAGGAGAGAGAAUCUGACCUGCAAUGUACCCAGAGAGAGAGAGAGAGAGAGAGAGAGAGAGACUUUGUUAAAUAAAAAAUACACAAGCAAUGUGCAAAUCAGUAUCCAUUACACUUCCCUAUCAAGUAUUUUGAGGUACCGUAUAUUUAUCUUCGUUUGAAAUUUAUUUCGUAGGUUACAGCACCCCUUUCUUGUAAGUUUAAGAAGUCAAAUCCUUCUGAUCAGAUAUAGCAAAUAAUUUUAUGUAAAGCUAAUGGUUUUUUUCUGUCCAAUUCCAUCCAAAACGGAACUACUUAAUACAAAUAAGAAUGAAACACAGCCAAUGCUCUCAACAUAGAACAAAAGUGUAAAUAUUGGCAUCAUUACAAAACUUGAAUCCAAAUGUGUAACAGUUUUGGAAAUUCAUUAAACCAAUUUAUACAAUGCAGAAUCAUGUUCAUAAAAAAUGAUGCUGAAGAUCCACACAAAAGGCUGUCUUAGUGCCUCAACAUAAACAUUGCAGUUUCUCUAAAAAUAAAUCUGUUCUCGGCGUCCAGAAACCACCUCCUACUCUGUGGCACUUCAAAUACAAAAUGCAAUAUAGUCUGAUUGUACUAAGGGAGGAUUUUGCAGUAGCUUUUAACGAGUUUUAGUGGCUACGUAACAAUGUCCUUUUCAUACAUCUUAAUUCCUUCAGAUCUAGAACCGAGGUUCCUAAUAAACCCUUUCUGCUGCACGCUUACAACUAGACGUUAUUCUUCCACAAAGGUGUCCCUUACAUGAGUCAGCAAGGCUCUCCCCACGAGAGUUUCUCACAUCCAUAUCAGGAUUUCGGUUCUGAGACACCUUAUCAAAGACAUUGCGUAGUCGCAUCAUGUCCAACUCUCCAUGAGGGGAAGAGAAACUCCGGCCAGACAUAGUUGAUUUAAUCAGGGCUUUUCGUCUGACUAGCUCCUCUGAACUAUGUGUAAGGGAGGGCUGAGGAAAAAAAAAUUAGUCAGUUUAGAAGUAUUGCAGCCAGUGUGUGCAUCAAUGAUCAAUAAAACCAUCAUGUAAUUAUAUAUAUUUUUUUUUUUUUUUAAGAGAAGGUUCACAAUGUCUUGUUAUAAUGAAGACUGAAAGACUGCCGUCUCACCUUACAGGAAGAGGAGGAGUUCUUCUUUGGGCCUUGUGCCCCUUCACUUUGUGAUAUACUUUUCUGUGCCUGCUGAGAGUCAAAGGCAGGGCAAGGGGUGGUGCACUCCUCAAACGCAGCAUCUCGGGACCCAACCGACUCACUGCUGGUUGAUCCAUAGGUGGGAACUUGAGUGGGAUCACUGCAAACCGAUGGUGGCACCUGUGCCUGAGUUGGAUCAGUACUCACAGAGCAGUGAGUGAGAAUAUAUUGGUCUUGCACGUAGGAUGACUGAACAAUUCGCUUUCUAAUAUCACUUAAUGGAACUCCCUCACCACCUGAGGAACAAACAGAAGAGCAGAUUUUUAAACAAAGUAGAUGUCAUCACACUCACAGUAUGUUUUCCGAUGAAGGAAAGGAGGGUGCAUGAAUAGUACACAUUUAAGGUUUAAUAGCAUGACUAAGGCAGUCUAUCAUAAAAGAGACUUUGCCGAAUCAAUGGUUCCUGACAACUCUUUGAAGCCAUUUGAGUGCUGAUGAAUAUUUGCUUACUGAACAUUAUUAACAUACCUCACACAGCAAGAUCCUAUAGAAUAACAGUAGAGGAACUACUGUUUUUAUUGCUUUAAAUGUAGUCCUAUAUCUGUGAUCUCUCAGUUCACCUUGGAUUCAUGUAUUUUGAAGGAAACUCAAUACCUUUGCAUAGGUUUUAUUACUCAACUAAGGAUACAAACUUGUUCUUACUUCUCUCUGCGUCUUCUGCACAUGCUGAGAAUUCCAUUGAGAUCUCCUGAGAUAUUUCCUGAAGUGCACGUCCUACAUCAUCUGUCGAGGGAUUUGAGCAACUUGUUUCAGUGACCCCAGUACUCUUUGAAUCAUCCUGAGAUUGGAAUACAGAGCUGAAUGAGCCACCCCUGGGCCUCUGGCCCUGAAACAGAAAUGAUUUGUCAAUGCAGUGGUUACAAAAAAAAAUGAAUGCAGAGUGGUAACCAUGAUUUAUUAUUCUUUUUUUUUUUUUUUUAACAUUCUCACCAUAAUCCUUGAGCAACGAAAGCUGGCUGUAUGAUACAGAGCACAGUAGCCAAUAAGAGAAUCCCCAGGGUAGAGUGAAGCAAUAUCAUGGGGAGUUAACAGUGCCUCCAUGGUGUCUGGCAUGUACCAAUCUAUCGUGAUGUCACUCAGGGCCGGUUCCAGCGCCUUUUUAAGGGACUUAAUUAGCUAGAUGGAGCAACACACCAUAUCAGUUUGCGGAAUCAAUCCAGCAAAGUUGUCAACAGUAUAUUCAAUACAGAUUGAAGGGAUAGAUAUAGGACAAUAAGCUCACUUUGGGUUGCAGUCUCUCCCCUUCACUGAUCAUUUCUACUGUCCCCCUGCUUACACCGGCAGCUUUCUGAAGAAGUCGGUGAUCUGCAGUGGAGCCAAGACCAAUACCAAACACCCUACAAUUGACAAAGAGGUAUAUAAAACCAUUUCAUCAGUAUAAUUAUUUUAUGGACAAAAACAAACAAACAAACAAACAAAAACAGUACUGGCCAAAGAGAUACCAGGAAACAGCAAGUGUUUUACUAUGUUUAAAAGUAAUAAUAUUACUAUUGUCCUGCGGCAUAUGCAUUUCAGCUUCAGACAAUAGGCAACUGCAUAUAGAACAUGUACAUAGAGUCAGGACCGUCUUUUUGCAUGGGCACGCUGGGCAGUUGCCCAGGGGCCCACAGGCAUGGGGACCCCACUGCUAUGGGUGUAGGAACCAGGGGGGACGCAUCCCCCCCAGCAAAUCAUGCGGGGGGGACAGGUUAUGGGGAAAUCCCCCGAGCGCUGCCGGUCCCCCUCAUGCUGCAGCCGCCCGAGCACUCUGUAGAGAGCCUCAGGCGGCUGCAGCUUUGCCCGCCCGGGCGCAGCAUGAGGAGAGGGGCUGACAGGAGGGCAGUGCUCAGCGCUCCCUCUUGUCACUCCCUCUCUGUAGCGUGGCCGAGCCCUGUAUCAUGGUCCAAGGGUACAGGUAGUAUCUGUCUCCUGUACCCGGCCGAACUAACAGGAAGUGCACACUGAGUAUUCACUUCCUUUUAGUCCGGCGGGUACAGGAUACAAAAGCUACCUGUACCCGCGGACCAUGAUGCAGCGCUCGGCGACGCUACAACAAGAGGUAGGGGGGGAGGGGGAGAAAGAGAGUGACAAGGGAGGAGGGAGAGGGAGAAAGAGAGUGACAAGGGGGGAAAGAGAGUGAAAAGGGAGGGAGGGGGAGAAAGAGAGUGACAAGGGAGGGAGGGGGAGAAAGAGAGUGACAAGGGAGGGAGGGGGAAAAAGAGUGACAAGGGAGGGAGGGGGAAAAAAAAGAGAGUGACGAGGGAGGGAGGGAGGGGAGAAAGAGAGUGACAAGGGAGGGAGGGGGAGAGAGUGACAAGGGAGGGAGAGAGAUUGACAUCCAUCACACACACACAAUCGCACAAUCAUGCAAACCUUACACACACAGAAACACACAAUGCAUUCCUUACACACACUAAAUGCAACCCGUACAUACACUCAAUGCACCCCUUACAGACACACACACUGCAUCCCGUACAUACACAGAAACACACCUUGCAGCCCUUACACAUACAAACACAGAUUCACACAAUGCAUUCCUUACACACAUAUCAGGACAUCCCCUACACACUCCACCCCCUGUGAACAAACUCAUUGGUGGACCCUGGGACCCAGACCUUGAGCUGUGUAAAGGGCCCCCCAAAAAAUGGAGCUGCUUCCCGUUCUCCCAGAACAUUGAUUUUGUGACCACAGUUACAAACAGCCUCCAGAGAGCCUGUUCUACACCAGACCAGUGGAGCCAGACUGCAGCUAGAGCCCAUCAUCAUCCUCAUCUGGUUGUAAGUAGACAAUCUAGCAUAUUAUUCGUGGCGCUAAUCUCUAAUUUACCUCACAUUAAAGGGACACUAUAGUCCCCAGAACCACUGCAGCUUAAUGUAGUGGUUCUGGUGUCUAUAGCCUGUACCUGCAGGCCUUUUAAUGUAAACAUACAUACAUACACACACACACACUUAUUUUCUAUAUAUGUAUAAUAUAUUAUAAUUAAAGAAUUUUAUGAUAUAUUAUACAUACAUAUUAUAUUAUAUUAUACAUAUAGCUCAGACAGUCCCCCUGCUGGCAGCUCCUAGAGUCCUAUUGCGGCGAUGUGAUCAUGGUGAUCACAUGGUCCUGGAGGGCCGGGGUGGCCGGAGCUGCUGCUGGGGUCUCCGGCAACCCCCCCAAACGUGAUUGGCGCGGAUAGCCGGUCCAGGUAAGUCCAGGGCUCCUAUUUGCCACGGACAUACUAGUUAAGUCCACGGUCUUAUGACCGUUUUUUGUCGGAUGUACCUAGUACAUCCAUGGUCGUUAAGGGGAUAUACAUAGAUAUAUAUAUAUAUAUAUAAUUUAAUUCUAAGUGAAUUUUGAUAUUAAUAUAUGUAUAUAUUAAUAAAAAAAAUACACUUAGUAUGACGUUAUAGAAGAUUAUAUAUAUAUAUAUAUAUAUAUAUAUAAAUAUAUACACACACACACACAUACACAUUUAUUUUUUUGUUAAUUUAUGAACUUUAUUCUAACUUUUUUUUUUUACUUUGUGUUUUUACUUUUUCACCAGCAGGGGGACUGCUGUCUCGUCUUUUCUCCAAGCUAUACAUGUUAAGAUCUUUUAACCUUUCCUUGUAAGUUUUAUCCUGUAAUCCAUGAGCCAGUUUAGUAACCCUUCUCUGAACUCUCUCUAAAGUAUCCAUAUCUUUCUGGAGAUACAGUCCCAGUACUGCGUACAAAACUCCAAGUGAGGUCUCACCAGUGUUCUAUACAAUGGCAUGAGCACUUCCCUCUUUCUACUGCUAAUACAUCUCCCUAUACAACCAAGCAUUCUGUGUGUGUUUGUGUGUGUGUGUAUUCAGCAGUGUGUGUGUACAUUCAGCAGUCUGUGUGUGUGUGUGUGUGUGUAUUCAGUGGACUGUGUGUAUGUAUUGAGCAAUCUGAGUGUGUGUAUUCAGCAGUCGGUGUGUGUGUGAGUGUAUUCAGCAGUCGGUAUGUGAAUGUUUUCAGCAGUCGGUAUGUGAAUGUUUUCAGCAGUCUGUGUGUAUGUAUUGCAUUUGUUAGAGGUACUAAUAAAUAAAAGCUUAAUUGUAUCUAGAAUUAAAAAUUGUAUUCCAGUGAGUUGUGUGUAGGCAGAGCCCCAGUGUAGUGCUUUGCCCAGGGCCCAUAAUGUUGCUAAGAUGGCACUGUAUCCAGUAUCUAUCCCCAUAUAGACAAACUGUUCAGAACACUCUUACCUCGUGGUCUUUACAUGCCGUCUUAGCAGCUCAAUGAUUUUGCCAGGACAACUGGCAGUAUGGUCCAUAAAAAGGAAGAGUUGUCGUGGGUACCCACGAUGCACCGGGAGUGCCAGGAUCCGACUUAACACGGAAUACAGAUUACUGGCGGUGCCAUACAAACUGCCCCUCUGUAUGUAAUCACAUGCCAUGUCCAGGGACUCCUAUUAAAUAAGAAACUCUCAGUCAUGUUCGUCACAUUUAAUAAGCUCGCUUCCAACAGCAAGGCUAAACAGGGCAAUAUACAUAGGGGGGAGAGCUCUAAUGUGAAUUCCAAGACUUAAUUUACAUAAGCCUAACUUUAAUUAAAUAAGAUAGACAAAGCAGAUCUAAGAUGGAGAAAAGCGCAAGAGGUUAAUGGAAAAUAGGAUAAAGUAAGGAAAGAGUAAGGAAAGAGUAGACUAAAGUGCCGUGUGAUUGGUACUGCAAAUUCUCACCAAGCUCCCAGUAUUCUUUGCAGGCAGUAGUACAGAGUACCCAGAAUCCCUUGCAGCCCCCCUCACUCACGUUGCUGCAUUGCCUGCUGGUGGGGAACAAGGUCUUGCUGUCAAACAUGCCACCUGCUACAUUCAGUAAAGUGCGUGCAGGUAAACUCCUCACUGCCAGCAGAAUAGCAUCCUGCAACACAUUCAAGUGAAAAAGUAAAAGGAGGAAAAUAGACAAUUGGUCAACACUUGUGUCAGAAAGACUUGCAGUAUUUUUCAAGCAUCAUUCUUAUGUUCUAUAUCUCUUUAACAGUAUCAGUGAAUGAUCCACAUCCAUAUUAUACAAUCCAGAAUCAGUGGAAUCAAGAUUCUGGAAAGCAUUAGAGUAUAUUCAUAUAUUACAUGUUUUUAUUCUAUUUAUAUGUGGGUUUAUUUUCUAACAGUUUGCUUCUUCCAUAGUUAUUGCCGUGCACCAAGCCUCCUAACAUGUUGGCUGAAUCACAUUCGCUUUCUGCAAUGCCAAUCCUGCCAUCCAUUCAUUGGCAUAGACCAUCAGCUGUGUGUAUUCCCAGCCAAUGAAUCACUGUACACAGAAUGUGCACAGAAUCACCAAUAGUCAACCCGGAACUCUCAUUCUCAGUUGGUUAAUGAUGCUUCCAGAAGUAGAGAGUUAGACCUCAAGCAACAAGCCUAAAUAUCUCUGCAUGUACUUCAUAUUGAAAUGAUGCACAUACAGGCUCCUUGCACCACAACCACUUUAAAAUGCUGAAUGUUUAAAGUAACCUUUUAAAUAAUGAAUAUAACCAACUACUUUUUAU